CCUUUGAACUGUGCACACUGCAUACACAUGGGUGUUCAACAUUUGUACAUACAUUUGUUAAACCAGCAUAAAUCUGUCGGGAAUUUGCUAGCCGCCAUUAAACAACACCAGAAGAAGAAGCCUAUCGGGAAAAGAUUUAUAAGUCUCUGGUGGAUUUAUUUAUGUGCUGUUUCAUUUCUAUGAAUGUUGUUGAUCACAGAUUAGUUGACCGAUCAAGUUAUUAGACAGGACAUAUUGGGAUUUCUUCAAACAUGACAGAUGAAUCAACUGAAUCAGGGACACCCAAACUGCUUAAAAAUGAGAAAAGCACUGUUGUCCAGAGUGAGGAGGUAGAGACUGUGGCAGUGCACCCCAAAUCAGCAACCCAAAAUUCUGAGGCUCCUGUCUGUGCUAAAAAAUCCAAGAAGAAAAAGAAGGAAGGUGAAAGAAAAGACAAUCAGCAAAAAGAGAUGAAGAGCACUACUGAGGAAACCCCCAAACAAGUUAGCACAGAACUGACUCCUGAUGAGCAGCUGAGUCGAGAGUUGGACUGGUGCAUAGAACAGCUAGAGCUUGGCCUGAGAACACAAAAAACUUCCAGUAAACAAAGGGAGGAGGCUGGUCGUGCUCUGAAAACAUUGCGUAGCUCCAAAGCACCCCUGGUGAAGAAAAGGCAAGUCAUGCGAGCGGUCUCGGGAGACUACAGGAAGAAGAUGGAAGAGGAUAAGGCCAGGCAGUUCAAACUCAUACAGUCGGGAAUGAGCUCUGCCCGGGUCAAGUCUGUCUCAGAGUGUAAACCAGCGUUUCACCGGCGAACUGAGAAGAACGCACAACCAACAAACAAAACAGACAAAUCUCGUGAGACAAACAACAUGCAAGGGCCACAGGAUGCAAACGAACACACAAAGUCUGUUGAGGAAAUCCAAGGAGAAACAAAACCAUUUGUUUUCACUAAAUCGCAUGAAGAGUUUUGCUUCAACUUCAACUUGUGACUGGACUUGUGACAUCAUCCAAUAGCAUCUAUGACUUUCUGAUAAGUUGGUUGAGUAUUAUGCAUAUGGAAUGUCGGGUUCAUCUAUGCAUUUCAUUAAGCAUGCAAUAUUAACAUAACCGUUUUUAUAAAGUUUAAAAUGCUAUUUACACCAGUUAUGGACAAGACAUUUUAUGGAAACAAUGCAAAUAAAUAAAAUAAAAUAUAUUCUUCAUUUA